AUGGUCCGAGUUACAGCUUACGUCCACACACCAGUGUACAACUACAGUCACAAGUAUCGGAAUCUAGACAAAAUAAGCAACGACGUUAAAAAAUUCUUGGAAGAAUAUGACCAGAUAAUUUUACACAAGGACAUCUACCGUGGAGUUUUCCACAGUUAUUUACGAGAUAUUCGUGCCCAAAUAAAGCAGCUGCUGCUGAAAUUCGAUGCCCUGCCGUACGAUGAUGAGCGGGCAAAAACUGAUAAAGAAUUAUUCUGCUGUGGAUUGCAGUUCCAUGAAGCUAGCGAUUUAAGGAUGCAUUAUAAAGCUGCCCAUAAUGGCCGAUUUGAACGAUACACUAAUAUACUUGAGCUAAAAGCUGCACUUGGCAAAUUGGAUCACAUGCGUCAUCGGCUGAAGGAAUACAUAACCUUUGGUCAGGAAUACACUCUUAGUUUGAUCAUUAACUUAAAAAGAGUAUUGAAAAAAAUAUCUAAUUCUCUCAAAUUUUAA